AUGCACAAGAAAAUUAUGGGGGGAUUUGUGAUGGCAGCUAAAGUUUCAGCUUUUGAAGCUUCUUUGGAUCAUGUAGAGUGCAUUCAACAAGUUGGCAGUUUGCUCCUGGAGUGUGGGUUGAAGGACCCUGAACCACCUGACUUGGUGAUGAAGGAUAACUUAAUAAUUGCAGAAUCUCACUCGAGUAUGGAGAUGGAACAGUAUGCUGGGACAACUCAAAAUAGCUCUAUGGUUGGCAUAGCUGAGACUAGUGGUGGAGAGGGAGAUGCUGUUAUUCAGGAGGCUUCUGAUGAGAGCUUUGAGAAACAAUUUAAGAGCACUUUUAGAAGGUUCAGGAAGAAGUAUGGAGUUGGAGUUGCUGCCAUUUUGGAGCCUAGAGUUAGUGGUGACAAAGCCUUGAAAAUUAUUCGAAGUUUGGAGUAUCCUAAUUAUAUAAUUUCUGAGGCCAAUGGGUUUGCAGGAGGUGUGUGGAUAGUAUGGGACCCGAAUGAGGUGAGUGUCACUCUUGAGUGGAAACAGGACCAGUUCAUCCAUUGUUGGGUGGAAUUUCCUGGUAAGGAGGGAUUUUUCUGGACUGCAGUUUAUGCUAGCCCUAAAGAAGAAAAAAGAAGUAUGUUAUGGGAAGACCUGAAGCUUAUUGGAAGAACCACGAAUAGUCCUUGGAUGCUGUCAGGAGACUUUAAUGAGAUUUCUUCAGUUGCCGAGAAGAAAGGAGGUAAGCCUGUUGAUGUUAAUAGAUGUAUUAUGUUCAACAAUGUAUUAAAUGCAUGUGUGGUUAUAGAUUUGGGAGAGGGAGGAAACAUAUUCACUUGGAAAGGGCCCAAAUUCCCUCAUUUGGAUAGAGUGCUCAAAAGACUUGAUAGAGCUGUUGCAAAUGAUGCUUGGAGAACCUGUUUUGAGGAAGCUACUGUCCUGAAUCUUCCUAGAAUUUUCUCAGAUCAUUGUCCUGUCUUGGUGAGAUUAGAUAAAGAGAAUCAGUGUUGGAGGGAUAGACCAUUCAGGUUUAUGGUUGUAUGGCAGAAUGAUUCUCGAUUCAAUUCCUUUAUCAAAACCAACUGGGAUCCAAGUUCUAAGCUCUUGGAUAGUCUGACUUCUUUCACCCCAGCAGUCAGAAGCUGGAAUAUGAAUGUCUUUGGCUUCACCCACUAUAGGAAAAAUAGGCUUGCUGAUAUCUUAGAGCAAAAGGAACAGAUUUGGUAUCUGAAAUCUAGAGGGGAUUGGAUCAAAGGUGGUGAUAGAAAUACUAGGUAUUAUCACACUUGCACUUUGAUUAGGAGGAAAAAGAACAAAAUUAUCAAACUUCAGAAUCAUGGGGGUGGAUGGAUUUCUGGAGAGGAGGAAUUGAUUGAUCUAGCCAGGAACUUUUUCAUUAAUCUUUUCACAGAUGACCUGGUUGAACCAGGGUGGAGUCAGACUAGUUGCUUUUGGCCAGCUAUCAGGGAGGAUCAUAAAAGCCUACUGUCAUUGGAUAUUUCUCUUGAGGAGGUUAAGAAAGCUUUCUUUCAAAUGGCCCCAUUGAAAACUCCUGGUCCAGAUGGAUACCCAGCAUUGUUCUAUCACAAGAAUUGGGAGCUGAUUAAAGAACAAGUCUUCAAUAGCAUGAAGUUUUAUCUCAGCAAGCCUGAGCAGAUUAAAGAGAUUAAUCAGACUCUCUUUACUCUAAUACCCAAAGUGGAUAGGCCUUGUUUCAUGAAGCAGUUUCGUCCCAUUGCACUCUGUAAUACUGUGUAUAAGGGAUUGAGUAAAAUUCUGGUUAAUAAGAUCAAAUCAUUCAUAGGUGAGUUGGUCUCUCCUAAUCAGGUAAUCUUCAUCCCCAAGAGAAAUAUCCAGGACAAUAUUAUUAUUGUCCAGGAGCUUAUUCACUCUAUGCAUAGGACGCAAGGAAAGAAGAGUUACUUUUCUAUCAAGAUUGAUCUAGAGAAGGCUUAUGAUAAGCUCAGGUGGAGUUUUGUCAAGACUGUUCUUGAAGAGCUGAAGCUUCCAGGUGAGCUGAUAGCUGCUAUUAUGGGCUGUGUCACAAGUCCCUAUAUUGAGGUGUUGUGGAAUGGGAGUAGGACUCAGGGAUUCUAUCCUCAAAGGGGACUCAGGCAAGGGGACCCAGUGUCUCCCUAUUUAUUUGUCCUAUGCAUGGAAAAGUUGACCCAUCUUAUUAUGGAUGAAGUAGAUAGGAAGGCAUGGCAUCCAAUUAGAGCUGGUAGGGCAGGGCCUCAAAUAUCACAUCUAAUGUUUGCUGAUGAUAUCAUCCUUUUUGCUGAAGCCUCCCUUAGCCAGAUGGAGUGUAUUACAGGCUGUUUGGAGAAAUUCUCUCGUAUGUCAGGUCAAUGUGUUAGUAUGGAGAAGUCUUGUAUCUACUUCUCUAAGAACACAACUCAGGAGAUAGUGAGUACUCUGGCUGAUGCUAGUGGGUUCAAAGUUGUCAAGGGUAUUGGCUGCUACCUAGGAACCUUGAUGAGACAUGGGAGGACUAGCAGGCAGCAUUAUUCUAAUGUCAUUGGAAGAGUUCAGAAUCGGCUCCAAGGGUGGAAGACCAAAUGUUUGUCUUUGGCUGGCAGAAUCACUUUAACCAAGAGUGUGAUUUCAGCCAUGCCUAUGUAUCACAUGCAAAACAAUUCUUUACCAAUCCAUGUUUGCCAAGAAAUUGAAAAACUCCAAAGGAAUUUUAUCUGGGGAGACUCAUAUGCAAAAAGGAAAGCACACUAUGUGGCAUGGGAGCAACUUUAUGAGCCCAAGGAGUGUGGUGGUUUGGGCAUAAUUAACCUUCGAGUGCAAAAUGAAGCUUUCAUGCAAAAGAGAGCCUGGAUGCUUAUUAAUAAGCUUAACAGCCUUUGGAGUAGAGAUCUACUUGGGAAAUAUGGGAGAAAGCAUGAUCCUAGGAGAGGACUAGCUGUCAAAAAUGGAGAUUCAUCCUUAUGGAAAAGUAUUUGUGCAGCACAUGUAAAACUGGACCAGCAUCUGACUUGGGAGAUGGGGAAUGGCAAUUCAGUAUUUUUCUGGACAGAUUGUUGGCAUGGAUGGAAAGAAAACCUCUAUGAGCUUGCAUUCAAUAAACCGUGUACUGCUGAAAAGGAAUUGAAGGUGAUUGAUAUUGUGGACCAAGUAACAGGUGCUUGGCAAUGGGAUUAUUUGAAGAAUUAUCUUGAAGACAGUACACUUAGGAGGCUGCAAAACUUACAAACUCCUUGCCCAAAUGGCCCAGAGGACAGAAUAUGCUGGUUACGAAGCAGCCUAAGUUGCUCUUUGGUUAGAAAUGCAUACCAGCAAUUAUUGGAUGUAAAUUUGAAGAAAGAUAAAGUCUGGACUCUAAUCUGGAAAUGGAAAGGGCCCAUUAGGAUUGCAACGUUUAUGUGGUUGGCAUGUCUUAAUAAAUUGCCAGUUAGAAGUUCUACUAGUUUGUGGAAUGGAGGGGAGAUUCUUUGCCCGAGCUGCUUAUCAUCCCAUGAGACCUUAAUGCAUGUUCUGAGAGAUUGUUUGAAGGCUAGGAAGGUGUGGGAAAGAUGGUUUGGAGGUAAGAUACCUGAUGCUUUUAUGUUAACUAAUGAUUUCGACUGGUUCAGAUUAAAUAUCUGUAACUCCUUCUCAACAAAGUGUUGGCAUUUGUGGAAGGAAGCAUUUUUUGUCACAUGUUGGAUGCUAUGGCAGUGGAGAAAUCUAACUGUUCAUGAAGAGCUAUUUGACUGGCCUAGUGAUCCGAUGAGCAAGAUCCUUUUGUAUCUGAGAGGUAUGAAAAGCAGUUGUUGUGAGGACCCUUUUUUUCAGAAAACAGAUCUCCCUUUCCCUCUGUUUGGGUCUGGUUAUCAGGAGCAGAAGGAGGUGUUAAAAAUAUUUGUAGAUGGUACUGUGAAUUUGGAGACUAAUGCAGGAGCAUGUGGGGGAUUGAUAUGCACUUGGAAGGGUGACUGGAUCAGUGGAUUCUCAUUUAAGAUUGGUUGUUGUUCAAUCUUUGAAGCUGAGUUGUGGGGCAUCUGGCAAGGACUUAAGCUGGCAAGUGAGUUAAAGAUCAAGAAAGUUUGGCUUGGGAGUGAUAGCAAAGAAGUCUUAUCUUAUGUAGCUAAUCUAAAUUGUGAAUAG